AUGAAUGGUACAAUUGUGUACUGGAGUGAUGUGAAGGAAAAUAACAUUUAUCGUGCCAAUCUGGAUGGAUCAGAGAAAGAAAUAUUUCUCAACUGUAGCCAUGGUAUUGGCAUUGUAGAUGGUUUGGCUGUUGACUGGGUUGCUAGGCGACUAUAUUUCACCAACAUGGGACAGUCUGCACCUGGUCUGGAUGGGGCAGUGUACUCUUGGCAUCGAAUUGAGGUCAUCAGUCUUGACGGACGUGUAAGAAAAACCGUCAUCACAGAUGUAGAGCGACCUCGUGGCCUUGACCUUGAUAUCAGGAAUGGGUUUCUGUUUUAUGGAGACUGGGGCAAGCAUCCGAAGAUUGUCCAGACUCUGCUGGAUGGUUCGGACGAGACGGUCAUACUAAACUCGGGACUCAGCAAUCCGAAUGGCCUGACUUUCUACAAUGGUCGACUGUACGUAGCCGACUCCAACUUCAACAACCUGACAUCUUCUCCACACCUCAUGGUCUAUGAUGUGGCUAAGUCAAGCUGGGAACAGCUCAAGCUCAGUGCUAAUGUGUCGUUGCCCAUGGGCCUUGCAGUGAGAGGAGAUACACUGUACUACACAGACUGGGUCUCCAUAUCAGGGCCCAAACAGGGAUACCUCAAGUCCUAUGAUCUUCGAUUUGGUGUGGAUAACAGUGUAAUCUUAAGUGGUCAGAGACCUACUGGGCUAUAUUAUACACCCCUGGCCAGGAGACAAGAGUCCUCCGAUGUGUCCUGUAACUCGGCAAUCUGUAGCAGUGAGUGUGUACGAAUUCCAUCGUCACCAGCCAGCCCAUUCACCUGUCAGUGUCCGGACCAGUCAGCCAGGAUUCUGUCCAGCAACAAGGCGUCAUGCGAACGUCCAGAAAACUUCCUACUAUUUGCCGACUUGAACACACUGAAGCUGUUGAGUCUGGACCCCGAGUCUGAGGAAGGGACACACACACUGCUGUACAGUGACAUCAAGAGUAACUUUGUUGCCACAACGUACGACGAACAGACAGAUACAAUCUACUGGACAGAUCUCGCAAAGAAAGCAAUUCUGUCGUCCCCGUUUAACGACAUUGAGCCAGCGGUGGUGAUAGAGACCGAUCACUUCAUCGAUGGUCUGACGGUGGACACUGACCGACAGCGGCUCUUCUGGACCGGCUACAUCCACAACGGCACUGGGAUCAUCGCCAGGAUGAACCUACAGCGAGGACGGUCAUCAUAUAAAGAAAUCCUCACAGAUCUCCGGAAACCAAGGGCCAUCUUGCUGUGGUCAAAGAAGAAGUGGCUAUUCUGGACUGAGUAUGGCAGCAAGGAUUCGCCGCCCAGUGUUCGAAGAUGUCGAUCUAACGGAAAACACCAGAAGGUGAUCAUGUCAUCCCGACUGUUCUGGCCAAAUGCACUGACCAGUCAGGACGAAGUUCUCUAUGUGGGGGAUGGCUCCGGCAAAGUGUUUUCUAUGAAAUAUGAUGGCUCUAAUCAGAAAGAACUGACAUUCCUUGCCGACUCCGUCUUUCAUAUCUACGGUAUGGUCGUCUUCCACAACGUACUCUUCUACUCGGACUGGUACACUCACAGCAUCUACAUGGUCGACAUGAUAACUGGAGAACAGGAAACAAUGGCCUCUCACCUGUCCCGACCAACAAGUGUUGUUAUCUACCACCCGGCAGAUCUCUCAGUUCACAACCAGUGCAAAGAAGGAAGGCAGAAGUGUAAUGACACGUGUGUUGCUGUUCCUCGGUCCUACCACUGUACAUGUCCUGUGGGGUCGAAGCUCGCGUCCGACGGAACCAGCUGUAUUCAAAUGUUGAGUCCGUGGGAGCGAACCGAGGACAUGCGUUGUUCUCACAGCUGCGGAAAACAUGCUGUCUGUGCUCAACUCAUCCCCACACUCAAAUAUCAAUGUGUCUGCAAGGCAGGUUACCAUGGUGAUGGAAACGAAUGCAGAGGGUGUCCCCAAGAUUCCUUUAAGCCAUUGCUAGGCAAUGACUCAUGUCAGCCGUGUUCGCGAGACAUGACUACCAAAGGUGUAACCAUGGCAACUGAAUGUGUGUGUGAAGACUCAAAUUUGUAUCCUGUAAAUGGAAUAUGCACAGAAACGACCCCAAAAACAGAAGCAUCAACCGUUGUUGUCAAAAUCACCACACCAGCGCCAAAAUCAAAUAAUGUUUUCAACCAUUCGGGGAACACCGUUCUCUUGGGGUCAGAAGUCACUGUAGGUGAUGAUGUCAUUACAACUUCCAGUGAUUAUCCCGAGGAGGAAACUGUCACCAUGACAACUGAAGUAACCAGCAGUGUUCCAUUUCUGAUACCUGUUGAAGGAAAUGGUGAUCAGAAAAAAGCAAUUGGAAAACCUUAUUUUGAUGGCUGUCCCCAUGGCGAUGUCAUGGUGAUGUCAUUGUCACCUCAGACGAAGGAAGUAAAGCUUCCAGUGUCGGCAUGGGUGGCUCGGGAUUCCUAUGGUAACCGCCUGCCCAUCACGUCCAACUACCCGAUCAUUGAGGACCAGGUGACCUUGGAGUGGGUGGCCAAUGGCCAGGACGGCCAACAGACAGUCGUGUUUCAGGCGGAGGACAACUGGAAGCAGAAGACGACCUGUCAGUUCCAGGUCCUCAUUGACGAUCUGGUUCCGCCAAAGUUCACCUACUGUCCCAGCGAUCUGGUCAUCAAAACGCAGCGUCACACAGAGCGGGUUCUCUUCCUGAACCCUGUUGCCGUGGACAACGUGGGCAUCGCCUCACUGUCGGGCACACACAAAUCCGACUCUGAGUUCCAACAAGGGUCGACUCUGGUCAGGUAUACGGCCAUCGACCGCGCAGGAAACAUGGCCACGUGUAACUUCACUGUCACAGUCAUACAAGAAAAACAAUGCAAUUUGCCAACGAUUAAAAAUGGUGCAUUUGUCUGUGGCCAUGACCCAGCACCGGUAGAAAACUGCUACAUUGUGUGUGAGAACGAUUUUGUCGUGAACCCGGUUGGUGUGUUCGGCCGAUCUUUCAACUGUCUCAUUGUUGAGGAUGUUGUACGUCUCACUACUCUGAUGACUUCACAAGAGCCGUGCUUACGUAAAAGAAAACCGACGACGGUUCACCAAGAGUUCAGUGUGAGUUUCAACGGGCCGUGUAACCCGCACGACACGACCCUGAUCUCCGAGCUGUCGACCGCCGUGCUCGAGUACCUGGAUGCAAGGAACCUCUGUACGUGGGCCGAGUGUCGCUUCAGCAACAUGACCAUUCACUGCGGACCCGACCACACCAACAAGAGACGAUAUGUGGAGGACAAGUUCCGAGUCAAGUGGAACAUAACCAUUGACAACAGUACUGGUUUCAGCCGGAGUCAGGUGGAGGCGAUUCUCUUCAAUAUCAAGAUAGAGCUGAUGAAACUGGCCGCAGCCCUGUCGAUAGUAGUCGACAAGCAACACUACACAACGGUUCCCGGCACAGUGAUGACGUCACCGCUAGCAUGGGUCUGUCACCAUGGAGAGAUGGUCUAUGAUGACGGGUGUGUUGCGUGUCCCGCUGGCAGCUAUCUGAAUUCGACAAUCCAGCGGUGUGUGCUGUGUUCCCGUGGUUACUACCAGGAGCAGAAGAUGCACACUGAAUGUCACAUGUGUUCGGAGGGCUUCACCAGGGAGGAGGGAUCCAUCACCGUCAAACAAUGUGUGACGUUUCCAUCAAUAGACGAGAUGAGUAAAUUUCUCAUUAUAACUGCCUGUACAUUCGGCUUCGUCUUCCUGUGUAUGGUCAUCUUCAUGUACACUCAAUACCGACGUCAGCAGAAGCAGGCACAGAAAAGUCUCAUGUUGACCAACUCAUCACGUUACAUGACACCCAACGUUUACGUCGCACCCCCACCGAUGAUGCCAAAGUCCAAAAACAUGUUUGACGAGCCUAGAGACUAUAUCGGGUCACACGACUAUGAAGAUAUAGACGGAACGAUAAAUAAAGCCAAUUUUGAUGGAUUUUAUCGAAUACCACGAGUUCACAGAGAUUCGCUUAAUUCCUUUAAGACGGCUAGUGAUAUCAUUUACCGUAUCCCUCCAUCACCUUCGCCAAGAGAAUCAACGUGUACGAACUCUUUCAAGACAUCAGAUGACACCUUGAUACCAAAUUCUCCAAUAGAAUCGGCCAAAUCCUUCAAACUGUCGAAUGAGGGGUUCUACAAUUACAAGCCUCCAAUGUCACCGAGGGCAUCAACGGCAAACAAUUCGUUCCGAUCAUCGCCAGACUCGUCUUACAAAAGUCCACAGAGUUCACGGGACGUCUACAUGAGCAACGUGCAUCGUUUCCGCUCACCCCCCGAAUCGCCAUAUCGGAGUCCACGCAUGCAAAGAGCGUUCCCGAAUACCUUUCAAACACCAGACGAGACGUGCGGUUCUCCAACAUUUCGAAGCGUGCCUGAGGAAAGCCAGAGUCCACGGUUUCAUCAGCGAGAUAUGCCGCCAUCAUUUAAAAUGCUCCAAGACUCGCACUACCGCAGCCCCGUGUUGCCGCGAGAUGCGCAGAAUUCCUUCAAGCCUCUCGGUGACUCUCUGUACAAGCGCCCACCCUCCCCGAUCUCCCCAUCAUCGUCAGGGCGAGUGUCGAACGAAUCCCUGCACCGAGCACCAUCAACUCCGCGGGCCUCGCCUAAUGCUUCACGUGCUCGACUCGAACUGAUGUUCCGAACACCACCGUCGUCUCGGUCAAAGAAAAUCACAGAAAACAACUGUUAUGAAUACGAAUAGACCAUCAGCAGCAGGAUUCUCAAGAAAAAAAAAAAAAGGUUUCUUCCAGCUUUGUAAUCGGUAAAUUUGUAAAUUUGUGGAAUAACAAAGAUCCAGUAAAAAUAACUACAGCACUGUGGUGUUACAGAUUAAUACAUUGAAGUAUUCAACAGAAUGAUUUUACUAACGGAAACAACUCUGCAUAGACAAAAAUCUAUGAAAAAGAUAAAUUGAAGCCAGGAAAAGAAAGAAGAAGAAAAGGCCUAUUGAAUUUUGAGUUUUCUCUGGCAAUGUGUUUACAAACAGACUUGAAUUUUGAGUCUUGUUUUUCGGUAUUGUAUGAAAUGUGUAUCUUAGAUAACAUUAUAUGGCAUUAAAUAUCAAAUUUAAAGGGACAGAAUCGACAUUACAUCUCUUUUAUAACUGGGGUUUUAUUCUACAAACACCUAAUGACUCGGUAAUUAUUGGAAAAUACCUGGCUUGCAUAUUAUACAAAUAGUUCAUAAUGUGUUUUUGUUUAAAAUAAUAACAUCUAUUUGUGCAAAACUGUACUGUGCACAUUUGAUUCUGUCUCUUUAAAAAAUAUAUAUAGCACAUCUUAGAUUUGUAAACUGUGUGCUGUACUGAAUUAGAAAGAUAGAUUUUUGUGGUUAUAAUAUUGAAAAUCAAACCCAAAAUGACUGUAUUAAGUCAUUUAAAAGCGCAAGAUAUUUUCUGUUCUUACGGUUUUUCUUUUAAGUUUUCUAUUGUGUUUAUAAAAGUUUGAAUGGAAAUAGCACAAAGUUUUAGAGAACAGUGUACAUAUCCCAACUUUUGUUCUUGUUAUUAAUUUUGUCAAAUUAGUUCUGCUUGGUUACCAUUAUUUCACCAUUCAUUAAUGAAUCAUUGUUGGGAUGUCCAUAAAGAACAUGUCUUGUUUUACAAUUAUAUUUAUUUAAGAAUAUUUUGUGCCAAAUGCCACCACCAAUUUGAAUGUUCUAAACCACAGUAAGGCCAAAGAAAAUAAAUUUUUGGGCUCUGGUCAGCAUGCAUGUUGAUUUUUACCCUUGUGUGACAACAUUUUAUUUGUUUAAUUUCCCAUACUAUGGUGUAGUUUUUUGCUGGGCUUUUCUUGCUAUGACGUAAAACCGCAUUUGGAGGCAAAAUGCUAUCGUGCAUGAACUAGAACAUGCAUUCUGAUUUCAAAUUAAAUAUGCCCCUUAUUUAGGUGUCAAAUAUACCCACCAUUUCUGUGCAAUCCAUGCUUUAAAAAAAUGUUUACAAAAAAAAAAAAAACCCUCAUCACUGCAUCAGUUCUGGAACUUUGGUCUGACCAGAGACCAAUUUUUUUUUUUCUG